AUGAACAUGCGAACACCAGCUCCGUUGUUGAAUGAUGAAGAACCAGAAAUUAUUCCUAUCAUCCAAAACCAAGAAGUUGACUUUUCUGAGUAUAUGUGGAUGGAAGAAAUGGAUGAAUUUGACAGACAAGUUGAAGAGGAACUGAGAGAGCAGGAGCUGAUUGAGCAGUGUUUUGAAGAUUUGUAUGAAAUGGAACUGAUAGCGUCAGAAAUCCUGUCAAGCUCACCAGUAGAGAAUGCUUUCAUUACCUUUGACUCAUCCCAUGGGGGAAUGAGAACUGUUGGUAUGGCACAUGCUAGACAAGAAUAUAUUGUGUCUGUUCCAGUUCAGGAGGAGAUGAUUGUUACCAGCAAGUUAAAUCCAUUGGCUCCUGAGUUCUUUCCUCGAGGACAGUGUUAG